GAAGCAGGCCCCUUGGAACAGGAGCCUGUCAGAGACGCAGAAGCCAAAUAGCAAUCUACUCCAUUAUUAAUUGCCUAAUAACAUUUGGUCUUUUAAUUUGCCUAAGGAUAGGAGAGAAUCCAGGUCGGCACGUCUUGUGGGUUGAAAGCAGCAGGAAAUGUUCUCUCUUGCUCUGUUUGAAAGCAUAGGCAACCCACGUACACUGGCCGCGGAUCAAGGCGCUGAGGUCUUGGCUUCCCUCCUCCUCAAGAGUGAUCUGUUGCUGAGAGCUGGAGAAGACUCCAGAAAAGGAAGAGUCUGGGCAGGACCAAGAUGGAGACGCAGCGAUGUGGAGGAGGGCUGGGUGCUGAGUACAAUGAUGCUGUAGGAGCUGAGGGCGGCUUUGCCGACCCAGCGCCCUGCAACGGGAAGACCAGCUCUCCAUCGGCGGUGGAGACAGGCGCCGGUGACCGUGAGCCCCUAGGCCUCGACAGCGUGGGCCCCGACCACACGACUGCUGCAGGUCUGGGUGGGAAGUGCUGUUCCCCAAGUUCAGAUCACUCUUGGGAAAACUCAGUGCCCGAAGGCCGCAAGCACCCUGCGGAGCUGAGCAUGCUUGGGUGUCUGACAGAAGACGGGCAGCGUCCCGAGUGGACAUUUUACCCGAGGUCCAGCAGUAAUGUCCACACCUAUCAUGUUGGAAAGCAGUGCCUCUUUAAUGGGGUUUUCCUUGGCAACAGGAGGUCUCUGUCAGAGAGGACCGUGGACAAGAUCCUUGGGAGGAAGAAAUACGAUAUCGAUCCCAGGAACGGAAUCCCGGCAUCGAAUCCGGGAGAUAACUCGUAUGCGAUUCCAGAACAGAGUAAGGGCUUCUACAAAGCAGGCGCAACCCUAUCACCAGUGAACUUUGCAUUAGUGCCUUAUGAGAAGAAGUUUGAUACAUUUAUUCCACUUGAGUCUCUUCCACCAAUUCCCAACUUGCCUUUCAGGGAGAAGGAGAAGGCCAACAACUUGAAGAAUGAGAUAAGAGAAGUUGAGGAGCUUGAAUAUUGGCAGCCUGCACCUACAUUAUUACAGACCAUAUUCCUUUCUGGUGGGUUUACAGCACCUUCAGAGAAAACCAGGAUAAAAUCUAAAGGAGUCCAGAAGAGCAGGGUUUUGAGAGGCUUCCUACAGAAAGAAGGAGAGAGAAGGCCAACCUUCUCCUGGAGUGGAUAUGCCUCCUACCUCACGGUGGCACCCUGGGCAGAUGCCACAGCCAGGCAUCGUGGGUCAGGUACAUUGGUAGAUAGAUGUUAGUCUCGCGAGGAAGCACAGCCUUUAACUCCAUGCCUCUAUCCACAGGUACUUUGGACUUCCCAAGAAAACCCUGAGCAGAAACAUGCUCAGAAACAUGCCCACAAAGCACUCACUGACUGCACUCCAGCGAGCUUCAUCCAGUUGCUGUGUUCUGACAAUGUCAUUAUUUUAAAUCAUGGCUUCUCUGAGGAAUCACUGUGCUUUGCCUUGUUGAGCUUUAAAUUUUGAAAUCUUGCAGAACUUGUAGAGAAGUUGAGACUUUUACACAAACACUUGCAUAUGCUUCACCUACAUUCUGUGAUUGUAAGCGUCCUUUCAGAUCAUCCCUCUGUGUGUCUUUUAUGUUACUACUGUGACUAUUUUGUUGAACUCCUUAACACGGAGUGGCAGAUGACACAAUCCUCGAUACCUACAUGCAUGGCUCCCCUAAGGUCAAGUGUGUUUUCAAACAAGAACAUUCAGAUGUCUUCUUCUGGAAUUUAAUACGGAUACAGUAUGACUACUAUUCAGUCCACAUUCCGAUGGGCUUAGUUUUCUUAAGACACUCUCAAUUCAAGGCAAAUGUUGUAUGUUUUAGCUUUCUCAGACUUCUGCCUAAAAAAAAAAUUCUACAAAGUGGAUAGCUUAAAAACAUCAGGAAUUUAUUUCUCCUAGUUCUGGAGUCUAGGAAUUCUAGAUUGUGGUGAGGCUGGACUUCCAGUUCCCAGAUGGCCCCUCCUGGUUGUGUCCUCAUUUGGCAGAAGGGGCAGGUUAGCUCUCUUUGGUUGAGACGAGGUCUCCCUAUGUCACUUAGAUGAGUCUCAGUCUCCUGAGUAGCUGGGGACUGCAGGCAUGCACCCCUGUGCCCACCUCUGGGGCCUACUUUAUGGGUUCUGAUUGCAUUCUUCCCCAAUUUCCUUAGCUGCUAAUAAUUAGGAAAUGAUAGCCUCAUCUCCUCAUCGAACCUUGGGGGUUAGAUUUGAGGAGAGUAUAUGACCUGAGGUUCAUAGCAGUGAACCUUCAUUCUUUUUGGCUAAAACAAUUCCAAUUUUAUCUAUUGGCCAUAGCACAUUCUCACUUAAUUAGUACUUUUUGGUAUUUUCUCAGAUACUGUCUGUACAUGUCAGAAGAACGUUAAGGGCUGCAAUUAGAUAAUAGAUACUAUUGUCCAGCAGCUCAUUCCCAUUUCAGUACUGUCUUAUCUACACAGCUAAGAAAGGAGAGAGUUUUGGUCAUCAAUCAUUAUUCUUAGAGCUUCUCACACAUUGCAGAAGCAAUCUGGAGGAGGAGGUGGAAAGAAAAGCCUGUUGUCCACAGUCAGGCUGUGACCUGGGCAACCUCCUGCCUCUCAGCAUCUUCCUAGCCAACAGCCUUCUCCACAAGGUGGGCUUGUUGGUGGUGACUGAGGACUGCAGAUCUGGUCUCCCUGAAACCUUAUUGUGGAAAAGGAGAUUUAGGACUCAUGCUGAUACUCAAAAGUGCCCAAGACAUGAGAUGAUUUCUUUCCCUGUCAAAACAUUUGUUGUCUCCAGACAGCCAAGGUGAAUGAAGAGGUUUAGAACUCAGCACAUUCAUGCUACCUUCAUAUGUGCUGGAAGACUAGCUGGCAGAGAACAGGGUACCUACCACCAGCUGCUGUGCCCGACCACUCCUUGAGGUGAUAUCGGCAUGUAUCUGUGCUAAUUUUCUGCCUCCUGGGACACAGGGACCACAUAACCCUACACAACCCUGACAAGAAAAUAAAACCAAACAAUUUAGAAAAGCCCAAAGGAGUUUUCCAACAAUGUUUCCAGAGCCCAAUUCACUUUGGAAAAGUUUUUGUGCAUUUCUAUUGUUGUAAAAGUAAUAAACUAUUAACUGCUGUAUGAAAAUGUCAAUUGCA